UAAUGCAAGAAAGAAUGUGCCUGCACAGUGUGCCUGGUACAUUUGAUCUGAUGUAAUCGGCACCAUGACGUCAGUUAGUCAAUUGAUAAAACCAGUUCACACAUUCUUCUGAAUUCUAUGUCAAGGUCCUUCUAUCAAGUCUCUAUAUUUAGUUGUGAAAACAAGAAUGACUCCAGGAUCUCAUUCAUUAACUGCCGUUUGGCUUCUGGAAUCUUAAGUCUGAGGUAAGUGGCAAAGUUGAUGCACAAUGCAAAUUAAUUUGGAGAGUGUUGCAAGGAUAUUGAGCACAAUGCAACAGAGUCUUUUAUAAACUGAUUAGUGAAGAAGACGUCAAUUGGCAAUUGAGAGAUUACAUUGCGUCUGUAAUUCUGCUCAUUUAAAAAAAAUCCUUCCCACUUUUUUGCUGUUCCUUUCAUCCUGAAGGCAUUGAUUGUAUGCUAAAACUUCACAUUUGAGUCACUUUAUGGUGAAAAGAGACCGUGCUGGAGUAAUUCAGCGGGACAGGCAGCAUCUCUGGAGAAAAAGAAUAGGUGAUGUUUUGGGUCAGGACCCUUCUUCCUCAAUUUAUGGUGGUUCAACUCAAUUGGCUAUUUAAAGUUGUUGCUGUACUCCAUUGGGAAAAUUGCAGCUCAUAUCCUGCCUGUACAUUACCUUCAGUAGGGAGUUGCUGGAUUACCAUUGGAUUUACAAAUUCUGGUGCUAUUUCUUCCAACUGUCAAUCACCAGAAGCUAAGGUCAAUUAACACAAGCUAAACAUUGUGUGGUCGGUAUUGGCAAUGCAAGGGCAGAAGCGUAUAACCCAACUGAUUCCUAAAUACACUGGCUGGGCCAGGAGGCUUCUCCUCUUGGCCUGAAACCAGAAUGUUUGCAGAGGGGGGGAGGGUAGACUUCAUGUUUGCAUUGCACUGCUAAAGCAGUGAACCACGUGAUGUGUGAUGAUUAGAGGUUUGCAGCACUUGCUGGCGAUGAUGUGGCUGUCAUUCCUCCCAUACACCUUUAGUUUCAGUAAAAGCACCGCCACUGCACACUUCUCCAAGUGCUAAUGUUUUAAUUUUGUCUGGUCAUUGAAAAAAAAAAUGAUAAUCAUCAAAAUUUAAAAGUAGAAAAUGUGAAAAUAUAUCUUGAGCCUCACCCCUUGUAAUGCAUGGCAUUUAGUGGUGGAGUGGAAUCCGUUGAAACCUCCUGUCUUUUGAGUUGAAGUGUAUCGCUACAAGAUCCAAAGAAUGGGCUGUGACGAGUGAAUUAUCAGACGUGGAAGAAACGUUGGUUCAUUCUACGCAGUGGACGGAUGAGUGGCGAUCCUGACGUCCUGGAGUACUACAAAAAUGACCAUUCCAAAAAGCCAAUCCGGGUGAUAGACCUUCAUUUCUGUGAGCAAGUCGACGCAGGACUAACAUUCAAAAAGAAAGAGUUUCAAGAUAGCUUUGUGUUUGACAUCAAAACAAUUGAUCGUACUUUUUAUCUGGUGGCAGAGACGGAGGAAGAUAUGAACAAGUGGGUCCGAGCCAUUUGCCAGAUCUGUGGCUUCAAUCAAUCUGAUGAGAACACAGAUGAUGCCAGAAAUGCAGCAGUUGGAUCACAUGCUUCUCGUUCAUCCAUUGCUAACUUAGGACUCGUUGGAGAACAUGGAAGCCAGAGCUCUUCACACACCAGUCAACCAUCAGUGUUCACAUUUGAAAACCCAAUCCAGCUUCAGUCUGUUCUUUCAUCGAGCGCACCACAGGACUACCUCUUUCUCCAUCAAUGUAUGAGCAAGAAGAUUGAAAAUGCUAGGAGUGCCAGCUUUUCACAGUCUAUGCCCUUGCCAGGGUCCAUAAAGAGGAAUGGAGAGACAUCUGUACAAAAAUCGCCACGAGGUUACUCGCACUGUGUCAACGGGAUUAAUGGACAAAUUCAUGGCUUUCAUAGUUUACCAAAACCAUCAAAACACCAUAUGGAUCAAAGAGACACCAUGGCUUAUGACUUGCCCAGGAGUCUGGGGUCUGAUGAUGUGGUCAGAUAUGGCUCAUCCGGGUUAGACAAUGAUGAUGAAGCAGUGUACACCUUCAAUACUCCCAACAGCACCCUCUGCAGGCGGCUCAGUGAGGUUUCCACCGACUCUUACGAUGUUCCAUCCACACCUUUGUCCAUCUACCAUAUUCCAAGGACAUUCACCUUUGACAAAAAUCACAACACGCUAUCCACAGGCUCUGGUGACUCGGCCUCUGCACCUCCCCCACGGCCGCCUAAGCCUGCACAAGUCGACUGGAAGCCAGAAAGAAAUAGCCCCAAGCAGCAUUCUCGAAAUGCCAAAAGCAAACAAACAAUGUCAGCAGCAACAAUCCCCAGAAGAAACACUGUUCCUGCAGUGGAUAGCAACAGACUUCACAGAGCUUCUUCGUGUGAAACGUAUGAUUAUCCCCGUCUCACCGCAAAAACUGAAGGCCGCUCCAUGGAGUCCGUUAACGAUGGAUUCAGUUCUUACUUGAGAACAAAAUUCACGGCAUCCCAGUCAGAAAGUAUGGAAUCUGAGGACAAUUACGUGCCAAUGAACCCAGGUUCCGUGUCUCCAUUUAACCCGGAAAGUCAUCAAGAUGUCUAUAUGCCCAUGAGUCCUGGUCCCCACCACUUUGACUUCUCUGGAUUCUCUUCAGCCACAUUUCCUUCCCGCAAAGGAAGUACGGCUUCUUUCUGCCUCAAAGCUAAUUUUCCUGCAGUGUUGCUGCCGCCUCCAGUCAAUCGUAAUCUUAAACCAGACAGAAAAUCCAAGGCAGGACCUUUGGAAACAAGAAACCACACAGUAAUUGAUGAGCUUCCUUUCAAGUCCCCCGUUACCAGAUCUUGGUCCAGGCCAGUAACUGCUGUCAACCCCAUUUCGUCACAAAAUUGCCGCCCGUUGUCAACACAGAGCGUCACCAGCACUGACUCAGGAGACAGUGAAGAAAACUAUGUUGCAAUGCAGAAUCCAAUGUCUACCUCUCCAAUGAAUGCUGUGACUGGCAGUCCUAUUACCAGGAAGAGUGGAAGUGUUGAUUAUUUAUCCUUGGAUUUCCAACCCGGUUCUCCUAGUCCUCAUCGAAAGCCUUCCACAUCCUCGGUAACAUCAGAUGAAAAAGUGGACUAUGUACAAGUGGAUAAGGAAAGGACCCAAGCUCUACAGAACACCAUGCAGGAGUGGACCGAUGUGAGGCAAUCCUGUGAGGCUCUGAAGAGUCUCAAGUAGCAAUAUAAAUGAUAAAUAGUUGAAAGAUAACUUAUUUUCUGUUCUGUUUUUUUAUUAAUUUGGAUAUCUGGUGCAAGUUAUGUCAGAAAUGGUGAAACAAUCCAAUCUUUUGCAAUGCCUCAAAAUUUUACAAGUAGCUUUCCUUCACUUUUUGAUAGAAGCAGCCACUAAUGUAUCUGUUCACAGAUGAAGGUUCAUUCUCAGAGCAGUUUAGGGGUAAUAGCUGAAGCAGGUUUUUCCACAAUCCUUGAACAUUCACAGCAACUUAUUAUCCAUUAUUGUCCUUUGUUAGAAUAUAAUACAUGUCUGUCUGAUUAAAAUAUUGCAACACAGGUGAGAUAACCAACUAUUUUUUGCCACUCUGUUAAACACAAAUUUGCGUUACUAGCACUAUGACCUCUUAUCUGAAGAAUCCCAUGGAAACUUGUAAUGUUUGCUUACAUCAUUUAAUUGGGAUACUAGACAAAAAAUAUUUCAACAAGUUAGUACAUUCUAAAUCAUGUACACUUAAUAAGGACUGAAGCAUCAUUGAAUUAUUUCAAUGUCUGACAAAAAGGUGAACUUUCAACAUAAUCUUAAAACUCAAAGCAAAAAUCUGAAAUAAAAACAAACUGCUGGAAAUAUUUAGCAGUUCAGAGAGUAUAUUUGGAGAGAGAAACAAGUUUAAUGUUUCAUAUGAACCUUUCAUCAGAGCAUUAAAUUGACGUUUCAAUGAAAAUUGUGCAGUUUCAAAAGCAGCUUAAUUAAGCAUUGCAUUAAACUGCAAGAGACAACUUGAAAACAAAACCUGGACAAUUGAGGAAGUUCUACCUCUUUGAAUCGGAGGAGAUAGGUUACAAUGAAUAAUGGUACCCCAUUAAAUAUAGGAAUAUACCUCAAGGAAUGAUAGGGCUCCUUAGAAAUGUUGAGGAGCGCACCAGAUGGAAUUUGUAAUAAUUGCACAGUGUGUAGAUCUGAGUAAACUUCUUCGCAAAAAAAUUACUUAACAGCUCAUCGAUAUAAUUUUAAAAAUAUUUUUUUUAAAGCAGGGCACUUAACUUCAGUCUUCAAAAACCACUGUAUGAUGCAUGUUUGCCUACCGUAUUGUAAUUGGAUACUAGCCAAAGAUCUUUAAUGCAUUGAUUUUAAAGUUGAUUUAUUUAAAAUGAGAAAUACCUAGUUAUGUAUGGGGAAAUUAUUAUUAUUGGCAGCACUGUUCACAAUCCUUGCAAGUUUAAUGGUUUUCAUUGUUGUUUGUAGGCAUAAAAGCAAAACAAAUAGAAUUGAAUUCACUCCAAUCUUGUUUGCAAUCUUUUGUUCAGUAAUAAGCAUUCUUAAAUAUUUUCAGUGCCAUAAAUUUUUCAGCUGCAUCCUAAGAGUGUAAGAUGUGAUGGAAAAGAGAAUUGAGGUUUAGACCAUGACAGCAUCCAUGUGGAAGGAGAGGAGAGUUCAAUUGGAGAAAGAAAAUGUCUUACUGGCCAAGUGCCCUGUGACUGUGCAGUGAAUUCUACAUAAAAACUCAUUCAUUUUUAAAAACUUAGUGGAGUGAUCUUUUGUGAUCCCUGUCAUGGUCAAAAUCUCACAAUUUAUCAUGGCAUGGUGAUUUUUAAAUUAUUUUACAUCAUUACAUUGUGUUGUGGGGUGAGAAAUUAUAAAGAUUGUUAUAUUGUUAUAAAUCAACAGCCUCCAAUUCAAACUUGAAUUUCAGAGGCAAGUUGAGAUGGAUACCAAGGCAAAACUGAAAUUAUUGGGAUUGGAGUGAAAUGAAUUCCAGAGUUUGGAAUCAUAGCUCACAUAAAGGAAGAUGGACCAGGUAGUUGGUCAAUUAUUACAACCCCAAGACAUCACCACAAAGCACCUGGCACCAAUGUCUUAAGCCCAACCAUUUUCAGCUGCUUUGUCAAUGUCAGAAGAGACGUGCACUGGUUGCACAAUGUUCAAUCCCAUGUGUUAUUCCUCAACAUACAAAGCACUUUGUGCCUGUCUGUGAAAGGCAGGUAAUGAGCUGUACAGAUUACUUAUGGCAAGGCUGAGCAUCUAACCACCUACUGUUGAUGUUCAGUGGCAUUUCCAUUGUUGGUGGUUAAUAAACCAAAUCAGGGUUGUAGGAACUGAAGACCUUCCAUGCUUGAUCUAUAUCUUUAACUCCAUUUAUAUAUCUCAAUGCCACAUUGCAUGAUCAUUGUUCCUGACAAUAAUCUAUUUAUCUUGAAAGAUUUAAGUAUUCCACCACCCAUAGAUAUUUGAAAAGGAAGAGAAUUUUUAAUUGGUGAAAGUGUGUGCUAAUUACUGUUUGCUGUUUUUCAAUUACACUUUCAAAACCCCAAAAGACAAUUUCAUUAUAUUCCCAGCUUUGGCCAUUUUCACUUCCCCAUCGGGAUAAAUAAAGGCUAGAAAUUGGAUCAAUGUGGUUUUUUUUUUGUGCAACAUCAAUUUAAGCUGGAGUUGCUCACGUUUUCCAUAAUCUUCUAAUGAAAUCAGCCUGACCAUGAAAUGACAUCAGGUGUUUCCAUAUGCUUUUCAUGUUGCCUUAUUUGACUUUUUUCUUCUAAUCAUUCAUUCAAAACACUCGCACACCCAAUGACAUAAUUAUUCAUGCAAUAUCCAUUUCCAGCCUUAUCAAUGUAAUUGGAGCUCAAAGACUUGAUGGGCCUAAUUCUGCUUCUUAUGAUUAAGAACGAGAUAACAAAAUUCUGCUCCUGCAUCCAGGAAGAAGAGAAUAUACCAGGGGACCUCUGAACUGAGAUACUGCCUGACCUGCUGAGUUAGACCAGCACUUUGUGUCUUUUUUAGAAUUGAAGGCAUGGGCUCAUAUGUUGUAAUGGUAAGUGGUUAAAACAUAAAAUGACACAAAGAGCUGGAGUAACUCAGCAGUUUGGGCAACAUGACCUGCUGAGUUACUCCAGCACUUUGUGUCUUUGUUUGUAAACCAGCAACUGGAAUUCCUUGUUUCUACUGCUGCCUUACAGCACCAAGUUCGAUCCUGACUAUGGGUGCUGCCUGUACAGAGUUUGUACGUUCUUUCUGUGAUGAACGCGCAAGUUUCCUCCGGGUGAUCCUACACUCCUAAGACAUACAGGUUUGUAGGUUAAUUGGCUUCAAUACAAAAUAGUUCCACUGUGUAGGAUAGUGUUAGUGUAUGGGGUAAGCACUGGUCGGCGUGGACUCGGGUGGGCCAUAGGGCCGGUCAUCACACUGUAUUUCCAACGUCUAAAGGACUUCUGCAUAAAAAUUGUUUGCAAUAGAACAAAUAAAUCACCUUGACCACAAUUAUCAACAUUUAAGGAAGCAAAUCUGAUCACAUAAGUUGCAGAGAGAUCGCUUGUUUAUCAAUAACCUGUACAUGACUUACAGAAGGAUGGUUUUGAGUAAAAUGAAUAAUUAUGAAACAAAACAUGAUGUACUGUGAGAUAAUUUAAAUUCAAAAGCAGGGUAUUUUGCUUCAAUAAUGAAGAGUAUUAUGUGCAUAGCAUUUGUCUCCUUAUUUAAAGAAGGAUGUUUAUACCUUAGAAGCUGUUCAAAGAUAGUUUACUAGAAUAUCACCCGAAAAUGAUGGGAUAUCUUGAGGCGAAAAUUUUAACGGAUUAGGUUUAUAUCCAUUGGAUUUUAGAAGAGCAAGAGGCAACCUGCUUGAAGGGUAUAGGUUCCUGAGGGGGUCUUGUGGAAGGAGGUGACAGAUGUUUUGUCGCAUGGGAGAAUCUUGAACCAGGGGCUGAUUGCUUACAAAUAAAGGGUUGCCCAUUUAAUAGACAGAAAAAAAUAUUUUCUCAGAAUUCAUGAGUCAUUGGAAUAUCACUCCUCAAAGAGCGGUGGAAGUGGUUUUUAGAUAUUUUCAGUGUAUGGGAGAUAGAUUCACACAAGGGAAUGAAUAGCAAAGGGAAGAAAUAUUACUCCGAGUAAAGUGCAGAAUUUAGAUUUCAUGCAGCUCAGCCAUGAUUUUAUUUAACAGCUAGGUGGAUGAUUCUUAAUGCAAGUGUUCUUCUGGUAGAAACAAAUCAUAGCAAAAUACUGCAGCAGGUUAAGAGAUGGAGUGGAAUUUGCAAUAGACAACAAGCAGGUGGAGACUUUGAUGCCUACUACAUAAUACCUAACUAUGCCAGUCAUAACACAAACACCUCUGCUAGAGGAAGAGCACAAAGACCUGGAACGGAGGUGGAAAGCAGUAAGAGCAGGAGGGGGAAGAAGGAAAAAGGAGGCUAAUGGAAGGAUGUUCUUGAUCUAUGCCCAAGCAAAUGGACAAGGCAAGCAUUGGCUCCACAGGAAUAUGUGGGAUUCCCCAAGGGGAGAGAUUAUUUUCAUAAUAAACUUGCAAAAGAAAGUCAUUAAUGAGACCAAGUCAACCUCUCCAUAUUACAAACCUUAAUAUCAAUAUUGUGCAUCAGUAAAUAGUUGAGAAAGUCCAAGGAACACAAAAUACACUUUAUGUCCAUGCAUUAAAGGAAAAAAGUAACAUUUGCUCAGUAAACAUAUCUUUGUGCUUCUGUGAGAGAGUGACAUUUGAUGGCCUAUAUUCAACAUCCCUGUUUGGCAGUAAUCUGGACACUAGAACAUUACUCCCUUUUCAUCUGUAUUUACACAGAUGACCCUAGAUCAAUAAUAAGACAUUUUCUUUAGCUAGCUUGGACUGCUACCUGGACCAACUGAGGGAGCAGACUGAUAUUCCUAAUUGGAGGUUACAGUUGAGCAUGCUGCCUUGAAGCCUGUGAAUGGUUUGAAGAUGAAUAGAUGGAAGACAAUGUUUUGAACGUACAUAGCAGGUGACAUUUGAAGUGACUGGCAGACAACAAUGCAUUGAUUUGCUGGAACUCAAACUUGGUUCAACUUUUAGCCGUUAAGCUGACCUAGUUAAAAAGAUCCUGAAUCACAAGUAUUUAUUACUUGCUGCUUUCGAUUUUUGGAGUCAGUGCACUGUACAAUUUUAUAAUUAAAUUGGAGUGAGGGGCACAAGACAGGCUCUUGAAUUCCUGCAACCCACAUUUCUACUCAUAAGAUAAUUAACUUGUGGAAGCCAUGGAGAAAGGCUGGCUGCUGCUGCUCAGUACAUCUCUGUUCAUACAAACUACCUAACUACUGAUAUUUAAACAAAGAACUUUGGGCUUCUCCUGGAUAGUAUUGGUGGUGAUUUGGAUGAAUAAUCUGCCCACAAUUGGCAUUUCAAUGCCUAACAAAAAAAAACAAGCUGUUUGGUUACAGGUCCAGUUGGAUCAGGAAUAAUAGACUGAGAAGUUGUGCAGUCUCUGUCAAUGCCUCAACAGCAGGCAUCACCUUCCAGUAAGUCUCGGUCAAGGAAUGACGACUAGCCAUCACAAAUAAGGGCAGAAUCUCUUGAGAGACAGUUCAAGUCCAUGCAUAAAAGCCUAGGAAAAACUUGGUAAUGGACUAUUCCAUUUCAUUGCAUGCAUUCAAUCUGAUAGGCUCAAUCCCUUUAUCAUGAAAGCAUCUAGUUAUCAAUCCAAUUACUGAAGCAUAACUCCCAACCAUUCAAAUAAUACAUUGAGGUGCGAUGGAGAAACAGUUUGACUGCAAGUAAGUAAGCGUGAAAGUACAGACACAAAAUAUUGGAGUAACUCAAUGGGUCAGGCAGCAUCGCUGGAGAAAAGGGAAUAUUCCUCAGACUGGUCUGAACAAGGGUUUUGACCUGAAAAGUCACCUAUUCCUUUCACCAGAGAUGCUGCCUGAUCCACUGAUUUAUUCCAGUAUUUUCUGUCUACCUUUGGUCCAAACCAGCAUCUGCAGUUCUUUCCCACACGCUUGAAAGCAUGUUGGGCUACUUCUUCUGGCAUAACCUCAUACCUAGGCGAUUCUGUCCCAGACACAUACAACCAAAUUCUUUUAAUGUCAGACAAAUUGGGUUUCCAGUCCAACACCUAAUCCACAAGACACUUUCUUCUUACUUUCAGUACUAGGUCUUCCAUAUCAUGUUCCAUAAAUCUGAGAAAUUUGGUAUGGUAACCAUUGUUGCUGCUCUGUCUGCCCUGGGAGUGUGCCAUUAAAUUGUAGUUUUUUCUGUGCUGCACUAAAUUCAGUUUUAAGAUGAUUUAUGGAAGUCUUGUUUCAAAAUAUUUCAUUAACUUCAUGUUUUCCACCUAGUGCUACAGUUAGUACAUGAAAUCCAAUCGCUAGCCAAGUAUAUGUAUAAUAUCAAAUUCUCUUAAUAUUUUAACGACCUCGAUUAGAUUAAAUCAAGCAAAAUUAAUACAAGGCAAUUCUAUACCACUUGAGACCCCCAGUUUCAAGCUUUGGUUUCUGGCAUUUGACAAAGCUCAAAGUUAUUUUCUACUGCAUAUCAGUCACUACAUUCCAAAAUACACCAUUAUAAUAUACUAAAUUUCCCUUAGCAAUUACCUUAAAUCCAGAUCUUCUGAGAAUACAAAUGUUCUUUUCUCUUCAUUCUUCCAAUCUCUUCUAAGAAGUUGGGACUUUAUUUCAUCUCCAACACACAAAAUAGGUCAUCCUUGCCUUUUCUAAUCUUCCCAUGCAAUUGCACUAAGAAACUUUAAAAAUGUGGCCCUGACAUUUCUUCAUCCCGAGAGAUAUCUGAUUAUUAAAUUGGAAAAUAUUACUUCUUGGUCAAAUGAUGUCAUAUCAAAAACACCGAAUGGCUUUUUGGGGAUGAGGAGACAUGGGGUAGGAAAGAAACCAAAAGGAUUGACUUCAUACAAAUAAAACUCCAAAGGCAACACAUAAUAUUGAAAAGGCUUCAGACUCAUCUUACUUCUAUUAUUUAUGCCACAAGUAAUUAUAUGUUCCAAUAAAUGUAACACUGAAGGAAGUUUGUCCACUUUAUAUUGUCACUUGUGUCCUGAUAAAUGCUCUGGAUCAGGUUUUAUUCACCGUAGAAUGUAAAUUUUUUUUUUAUUUAAUGAAAAUGUUGUCAGUGUCUGUGGUAUAAAUAAUUAUAAAUAAAACACUGUGGAAAAUGUACAUAUUUGGUUGAAUCACACAGCUGGAUUUGUAAUGAGCACUUACUGUUUUAAACUUCUGUACUGUAUAUACAAAGACUGCACUUCAGCACAUAAGUAAAUACUCAGUUUAGCUUGCAGUAUUAGCAUUUGCAAUUUUCUUUGGAUAGAUUAUGUCCUUCAGUAAUUCUGAAGUAUUAUUUAAUUUCAAAUAAUUCUUUAAUAUAAUAAAGUAAUAGUGAUUUUACCUGUGGUCAAUCCUAUCAUUACAUCAUAACCACAAGAUUUCAUAAAGAAACUCUUCAAUUUUGGCUUGAGCCAAAUAAUCCCAUUACCGAAUCAGCAAGAUGUACACCAUCCAGCUACUAAAACCUCUUAAAAAAGAACUACCAGUUUGUAAGUGCACUAUUUUGCAAAAUCUAACCACUGUUUUUCUGACUGCUUAUAGUGAUUAUAAUAAGCCUCUUGUUACAAGACAUUUGCUUUUUUGGUUUCUGCAUACUUUACACAGUGCCCUCCAUAAUGUUUGGGACAAAGACCCGUCAUUUAUUUAUUUGCCUCUGUACUCCACAAUUUGAGAUUUGUAAUUGAAAAAAAAAUCACAUGUGGUUAAAGUGCACAUUGUCAGACUGUAUAAAAGGGUAUUAUUAACCAUUUUGGUUUCACCAUGUAGAAAUUACAGCUGUGUUUAUACAUAGUCCCCCCCCCCCCCCCCAUUUCUGGGCACCAUAAUGUUUGGGACACAUAGCUUCACAUGUGUUAGUAAUUGCUCAGGUGUGUUUAAAUGCCUCCUUAAUGCAGAUAGAAGAGAGUUCUCAGCUCCAUGUCUUUCCUCCAGUCUUUCCAUCACCGUUGGAAACUUUUAUUGCUGUUUAUCAACAUGAGGACCAUAUUUGUGCCAAUGAAAGUCAAAGAAGCCAUUAUGAGACUGAGAAACAAGAAUAAAACUGUUAGAGACAUCAGCCAAACCUUAGGCUUCCCAAAAUCAACUGUUUGGAACAUCAUUGAGAAGAAAGAGAACACUGGUGAGCUUACUAAUCACAAAGGGACUGGCAGGCCAAGGAAGACCUCCACAGCUGAUGACAGAAGAAUUCUCUCUAUAAUAAAGAAAAAUCUUCAAACACCUGACCGACAGAUCAGAAACACUCAUCAGGAGUGGAUUUGUCAAUGACCACUGUCCGCAGAAGAUUUCAUGAACAGAAAUACAGAGGCUACACUGCAAGAUGCAAACCACUGGUUAGCCACAAAAAUAGGAUGGCCAGGUUACAGUUUGCCAAGAAGUACUUAAAAGAGCAACCACAGUUCUGGAAAAAAGGUCUUGUGGACAGAUGAGAUGAAGAUUAAUAUAUCAGAGUGAUGGCAAGAGCAAAGUAUGGAGGAAAGAAGGAACUGCCCAAGAUCCAAAGCAUACCACCUCAUCUGUGAAACACGAUGGUGGGGGUGUUAUGGCCUGGACAUGUGUGGCUGCUGAUGGUACUGGCUCACUUAUCUUCAUUGAUGAUACAACUGCUGAUGAUAGUAGCAUAAUGAAUUCUGAAAUGUAUAUAUUCAUCCUAUCUGCUCAAGUUCAAAUGACUCAAAACUCAUUGGCCGGUGGUCCAUUCUACAGCAAGACAAUGAUUCCAAACAUACUGCUAAAGCAACAAAGGAGUUUUUCAAAGCAAAAAAAAUUGUAAAUUCUUGAGUGGCCAAGUCAAUCACCCGAUCUGAACCCAAUUGAACAUGCCUUUUAUAUGCUGAAAAGAAAACUGAAGGGGACUAGCCCCCAAAACAAGCAUAAGCUAAAGAUGGCUGCAAUACAGGCCUGGCAGAGCAUCACCAGAGAAGACACCCAGCAACUGGUGAUGUCCAUGAAUCGCAGACUUCACGCAGCCAUUGCAUGCAAAGGAUAUGCAACAAAAUAUUGAACAUAACUACUUUCAUUUGCGUGACAUUGCUGUGUCCCAAACAUUAUGGUGCCCUGAAACAGUGGAUAUUUGUGGAUAUCUAUUGUGCACAUAAUUGGCACUGCUGAAUAAAACACCACACUUAGUUUGAAUUAUUCUGGAAAGGUUGAUAACUUAUUUUCAGUUGCAUUGAU